AAACGUCUCGCCCCGCACUCGUUGAUCACCGUCACUCUCCUCGACUCACCGCAAGCAGCACAGUCCAACGUCUCGAAAUCUAUCACGCUCCUCAUCCUCAUUCUUAGAUCGUCAACAUGCCUCGCCAAUUCUUCGUCGGUGGAAACUUCAAAAUGAACCCCGCUACGCUCGAAGCGAAGCGUUCUCUUGUCAAGACAUUAAACGAGGCUACCGUUGACCCGGCAGUCGAGGUUGUGAUUGCUCCGCCGGCGAUCUAUUUACUUUCGCUGAAGGACAGCCUGCGCAAGGAGAUCAAAGUAUCGGCACAGAACUGCUACUUGAAGCCAUCUGGAGCCUUCACAGGAGAGAUCAGCCCUGCUCAACUCGUCGACGCUGGUAUUCCAUACGUGAUCCUUGGCCACUCCGAGCGCCGCACAUUGUUCCAUGAAACCUCCGACUUUGUUGCGCAGAAGACGCGCGCUGCCCUCGACGCGGGUCUUUCUGUGAUUCUCUGCGUCGGCGAGACGCUCCAGGAGCGCGAAGCAGACAAGACGGCGCAGGUCGUGCAGGAUCAGCUCAAGCCGGUCGUUGCAGCGCUCAAGGAGGCCGACUGGAGCAAAAUCGUUAUUGCAUACGAACCCGUCUGGGCCAUCGGCACGGGCAAGGUGGCCACCUCUGCCCAGGCGCAGGAGGCGCACGCCGGCAUACGGAAGUUCCUUGCGAGCGCCGUCUCGCCCGCUGUCGCCGAGAUCACGCGCAUCAUCUACGGCGGCAGUGUCACUGCAGUAAACUGCAAGGAGCUCGGGACUCAGCCAGACGUCGACGGCUUCCUCGUGGGUGGCGCCUCGCUGAAGCCCGAGUUUGUCGACAUCAUCAAUGCGAAGAAGGCGUGAGCACGGCUGCCAUGGGCAUGCGAGAGAUACCGAACUGCAUUGGGGGAAGUUUGUACGAUAGACGCGGAUUACGAACAGAGCAGGUAAUGGUGAAAAGAAGAGAAUCAAUUAUAUCGCCCGGUCUGAUCGUUCUUAUUGAAUCCUCGCUCGCGAGAUCCGACA